CAGUGACACUUUACUAAUUAUUUUUAGGAAACAUGGAUAUGGAUAUUAAGACUACUUUACCACCAAGAAAGAGAGCUAAGACAGAAGAAGAAAAGGAGCAGAGAAGAAUCGAACGUAUUUUGAGAAACAGGAGAGCAGCCCAUCAGUCAAGAGAAAAAAAGAGGAAAUAUGUGGAAUAUUUGGAAGGCUACAUCAGUAGGUUAACGUCUAAUUUGGAUAACUAUCAUCACAACCAAGAGUUUUUAUUGUCAAAGAUUAAUUCUUCUGGAAGUGAUAUGUCUUCUAUUAGAUCCAACUUGAAAAAGAUUGAUAACUUGGUCGAGUAUCAAGAUUUCAAAUUCCAACCUUCUUCGACUGUGAGGAGAUCUAGUAUCGGUGACUAUAGUGCCGAUCUUGACUCUAAUGAAAAUGGGGCAGAUGCGUCGGCCAAUAAUGACGAUGUAUCGCCUGAUUCUUACAAUAACGAGGAAGAUUCUUUCCCUGUUCCUGUUGAAAAAUCAACCCAACCAGCUGAUGAUUCAGUAGUCGAUUCAUCUGACUUUUCGCCAGAUGAAGCCGACUUUAACUUGUUGAUAAACCCAGUUGAUAAUUAUUUAUCACCUGUGUCGAUCGAUUCACCAGCAAACUCUCCCAUUGAUUUAUCGUUGAUUGAUUUGAAUUAUGUUCACAAUAGUUCGAAUCAUUUGGGUCUACUUGACUCAGACCAAAGUCCCAUGGAUUUAGAGCACAACUCAGAAGUAGUUGUGGUUACCAUAUAAGGGUUUUAAUUAGUAAAGCGUCCUCCAAGUCUGUCUUAUGGGUGGGGUACUUGAAUGUACUCUGUAGUCUUAAUAUUCCAUAGGAUCUAACUGAUCCACCAUGAUUUCCUUUCCCUUAUUUUUGGCCUGCAGUGCCAAUCUUGGACUUUGAGUUGAACGGUGAUAUGGGCGGUUUGUUCGUGUAUGAUUGAUUUGCGCUCCCAGAAGGUUGAGCGACGGGAUAAAUGGUUUC